GGGAGGUCUUAGAAAAGAAAGCAGUCUUCUUCAUUUUCUUACGUCUCUUUUGGAAGAAAACCAACACAUCAGAGAAGCCCGAGCUCAGAAAUGUCUAUUUGGUUCUAUUAUUUUCAGCGGUGGAUGGAAUAAGUGACACACUCCAAUUUUACGACUGAAUGAUGACAUCUGUGCAAGUCCCAGGAAUACUGAUGAGCAAUAAGACACUUGCGAUCAUCUUUCUUUUUAUCGUUAAUUCCAUGUCAGGAUUAGCUGUCCCUCAGGUUGACAGACUGUCUGUGAAUAUUCUGGAUGGCGAGGUGAUAGUCCAUUGGCAUCAACCCCAAAACACCACAUCUGACGUCCAGUACAAUCUUCAAAUGAAAAAGCUUGCGGGUGAAUGGGCCAUGGUACUGAGCUGUUCAGAGAUCACAAAGACCUACUGCAAUCUGACUGGACUCUUUCAUGACUAUAGCAGUGGCUAUAAGGUCAGGGUUCAGACGGUAGACAGAAACGACACGUCGGAGUGGACAGUGAAGAAAUUUCUCCCUAAUACAAGUGACCUGCAGCCUCCUUCCUUCACAUUAUAUGCUACCUCACGCACGAUAACAGUCCACGUUCAUCAAAAACCCAUUCUCAGAAAGCUCUUUCCAUUUGGGGUUACAUACAUCCUUCGCCUGGAGGAAAUAGCCAGAAAUGACGAAGCUGAAGUGAAAGAGACAACAGUAGUGCACCUAACAGAUUACUUGGAUCAGGAGUCCAAAAACUUCACCUCGCUCCAUUGGGGGGUGAAGUAUUGUGUCAGUGUCAUGGUGGAGGGAAACGGUGCUUUGUCCAGGAGCAAUUUCUCCCCUAAACAAUGUCUGUUGCUGCCAGAGCGAGAAUGGUUCAUCAUUUCUGUGUCAUCCCUUUCUGCUCUGGGCUUGCUGGCUGUUUCAGCAAUUGCUCUCAUUUGUCACCUGAACCGUCCAGCGAAAACACCUGUUGUAUUGAAAUCCCCUGUGCAUGGCUGGCAUCCACUCACUGUUGGAGACGGGCCAAUUGAAGUGGUCACAGACAAAGGUUGGUUCCUGUUUGGCCACAGAACAGAAGUGAGAAACUCCACAGAAAUCCCUAAAAGCAAUGCUGCUUUUGACAUUUCUGAAGAAAACAACAAGAGGAGAAGCCAGGACAGUGGUGUUAUCGUGGUAUGCAAAGCUAUGGAAAAACAUGAAACAAGUCCUCAGAGGAAACAAGACGAUAGUGGUUGUGGAAGCAUGGUAGAGACCGUGUAUCCCCAGAAUGAUACAGUUGAGUCCAGGAGGGAGGAGAGUGGCGUGGAGAGCACAUCGCUCAAAGAGGUUGACAGUUAUUGCAGACAAAACCCCACAUCGAACAUUCCUCAAGAUGAGGAGUCUAAACAGAUCAUCUCUAGUCCAGUUUUGGCCAAAGUUGUCUCAGGCUACCGGGCGGGACCUCAGUCGUGUAUCUGCUCUGGUGCCACUCAGUGCUCCUGGUGCCUCAAGCGCAUGGUCCCAGAGGCUGAAACCAUCAAAUGGAAUGGAAGCAAAGAGGAUUUUACCAAUGAUAUAAGAAGGACACGAAUACAAACAACUGAGGCUUUCCCUCUGCUGACCUCUUUAACACAUGAGUUGGACCUUCAAAAGAACACUGUGCCAAUCUCACUUUUUGACCUCCAGCUCCAUACUGACUGAUUCACUAAGAACACUUCUUAAAAUAUGCUGACAAAAAAUGCUGCUGCUUUAGAUCAAAACUUAUUUUCCUGGCUAUCUGAGUCAGUUGCCAUGUGUGAAGAAAGGAAAUGAGGGUUGGAAAUUCAGCAAAAACAUGCUCGUUGGAAGGUAAUAUAACUGUAAAGGCACUUCGUCGAGCAAAAAUGUUUCCCAUCUGCUGAAAGGGAAGUGAGCCUCAAGUGAAACCGUUGUAAAGAUGCAUGUAGGCAAGUGUGACAGUUUGUUUCGUGGCCUUUCCCAAACAACUAUAAGCAGAAACUAUCAGAUGUGUUUUUGUAUGUGUCAGAGGCACACAUUUCUUCUAUUUAUUAUAUAUAACCCAGACAUAAACUGAUCAGGUAAAAUGUGACCUAUUCUGACAAUAGACAGGUUUAUGGCCAUUGAUAAGGCCGUAAAAAAAAAUAUUUUUUUUUAAAAUUGAAUAAGCAGGGAUAAAACUAUUUAAAUGGAUUUAUUGUAUUUCAAAAAUAAUAAUACUAGUUACAAAAAAAACUUGAAAUUUUGAAAGAAGUUCAGGAUUUUCCUCACAUUGGGGUCCACUCUGCACAAAAAAAUGGUCAGUUUUUCACCUUUUUUUGAAAAUAUCAUUCACUUGUACAUUUGCUACAAACGUUUGUAUGCACUGAGACUGUACCAGGUAACACAUGGAAAAUGAUCUGUAUGAAUGGGUUAAUUCCGUCAUUAUUUGUGUUGUCUGUGUUUAAAAUA